AUACGCCAAUGCUAAUGGGCUCCAGACCAUCGGCUAUUUAUCCUAUUACACUGCUUAGCGUAACACUCGAUUUGCCUUGGCUAAUCCCCCUAGUGCCAGUCUACCCCUAUUCGUGCACUCGCCCUCGGUUUCGGUUCCACGUCUUGGUCCUUUCAUUUUCCUCCUCUCCCCUCCUUUCCCUCCCCCUUUUUCUAUUGCCCGCCCCUAUCAUCCUCCCAUCCUUACCCGCUUACAUUCUCCCUCCAUCCACUCAUCCUCAUUUCCAUUAAUACCGUUAGUCCUUCUUCUUACGCACCUCUUUUCUUCUUCUCUUCUGUUCCUUGAACUCAGUUCACAUACAUACAAAAAAAAGCCAUGUCGAGUGAAGGUGGAGGCCUUUGGCAAAUCAUUCAGUUCAAUGGCCAGGCUGUUGAGGUCGAAGCACGAGUGGGCACUCCACAUACGCACGACCAGCCUUUUGUACUACUGCACGAUGUUCAGGACAUCUUUCCUGGUGCCGCUCGCUUUCAAUGUGGGAAGCGGGCCGUGGGGUUCAUGGUCGAUGUCGAUGGAAACAAGUUGCAGCCGCUGCGUGUACCAUAUCUACCAGGCACACCGUUGGAGGUGAUUGUGUCGGAUGUUCAGACAACCACCCCUCCUCUUCGGCCGAGCCCCAGUCCUCUGGCCAGAGAAAGAGCGUCUCGGAUAUCCAGUCAGAAGCUACGUCCAAGGCUUCUGCGGUCGCAACCUUCAGGACAGAAACAGGAGCUGGCAGAAACACCAGUGCAAGAGCAGCGGCAGCAAGGAUCCAAGGAAGAACUGAGGGACGAGGACGGACUACCCGAGUUGUCUUUAGAUCAGCAGCUGGAACUGCAGCUACAACAACCGAAGCAGGACCUGAUGGAGCAGCGAGAACUACGAAGACAACAGAGACAGCAACGCCAACAGGGAACAGAGCAACAGGCGCAGCUGGACGAGCAGAUGUUGCGGCAAAAACUGGUAGGGCUCGAACAGCAGCAGAUCCAGCAAGAGCAGGAGCGCCUGCGCCAACAAAAGCUACGACGGCAGGAACAGUUGCGCCAAAAGCAACAGCAGCAGCAGGAACAGAUGCAUCAAGCACAGCCUCAACAACAAGAGCAAGCCCAGGAGCAGCAGGAGCAGGAGCAGCAGGAGCAGGAGCAGCAGGAGCAGGAGCAGCAGGAGCAGGAGCACCAAGAGGAGGAGCAACAAGAGCAUCAGCAAGGGCAAAAACAAGAACAACAAGAACAACAGCAAGAGCAGCAGCAGCGUGAGCAGCAACGAGAACAGCGUCAGCAACGGUUAUCACGUCAACAAAGACAGCAACAACAGCAACAACAAGGACGAUCAGAAAGAGCCGCAACCCCGCCUGUCAUCCCUGCUCCGACUCCACGAAAGCCCAGACUUCCCUCCAUCCCUCCAGACGAUCCCAACUCCAACGUCCGGAUCUCAACCGACUCAGCCAAAAACAAAUAUCGAAAGUCCGUCAUGCUCUACCAGUCCUUCCUCCACCACAUCCGAGCGGGCCAAACUGAGCAGGCCAAUGUCGUCAAAGAGGAUUUCCGCCACCACUUCAACAACCUGGAGCUCGAGAUGGCCAAGAAUCAGGACCUGCAGGAACGGAUGCUGGAGAUGCAACAAACCAUGCUCGAAAUGCAACAGCGCUCGCUCGACCGCCUCGCCGUCAUCCAAAACCGCGUGCAGGCUAUUCUGGUGCAGAAUUACGAGUUGCACGAGUACCCCGUCCCCAGACUGUUUGUUGUCUUGCCCAAGGAUUCGACACGAUGGGAUUCAGAUAACCUGUUCCAGAACAAGUUCCGACUGUACUUUUUGUGCGAGUGUGGCGACCACACCAAAUCGAGCCAGAGCAAGAUUCCACACCAUAUUCACCUAGCAAAGCAUGAGGGGUACGACAUUGAGAGACCGAGAGAGUUCUUUAGACGUUAUGGACACUACGUGCUCAAGCUGUUGCAGAUGCUCAAGUACGGCGUGGCAGUAGGCGGGUUCGCGGUGCCGGCACUGGUGCCCUCGCGAGUUGGAGAAUCUGUCCGCAGGAACAACACGUAUUCCGUCGACGGCUAUUCCUUCGAUAUCGAGCCUAGUGUGAACCAGGCGAUCGAAUUCUUGCAGGCGUUACUGACAGACGGCGAGGUCACUCCGAAUGGAAUCCGACAUCCGGACGACAUGAUGGAAUCACUCGAGGGCUCGGACUUGAGGCGACUGGGGGCAUUUCUGAAGAAUAAGGACGAGGAUCACGUACUGGGAAAUCUCUACAGGGUGGUGACGAAUCAGGGUCACGUUAAGUGGGUCUGUCUGGAUCAUUAUCGCGAGACCUACAACACCUUGGCGAUGAGGGAGCUGGAGGAUAUCGCGACGGUCAAUGGUGGUCUAGUAGACGAGCACUACGGACGCGUCGUCAUAGCUCUAUACUCGUCCGCGGUUGCUACUCAAUUCUACAGGGCUCUCGAGCGAGCAAAGUUUGUGCAGGAACUCAAAGUCAAACUCCGUUGGGAUAUCACGUACAGCGACGCCAAGGCCUUCAAGGAGACCAUCAAUCGAUCCAACAUCUCGGCGCUCGAACUCACCUGCACGGCCUCAAACUCUGCGGGCGAGCUAUUGAACCGCAACAAGCGAGCCGAACCCCUGUGGCAGAUCCUGUCGAAUCCCAAGAUCCGAUCGUUCUCGCUCGAUGGGUACUCGGGCUUCUUUCGGAGGGCCUCACUAGAAGUUCGUCCGAGCGAGGUCAGGGUCCUGCGCAUCUCGGACGAAAUUGACUGGAAGAAGGAUUAUGCCAAGGUGGUCGAGAUGCUCCAGAUGAGUCCUCACCUUACGGACCUGACGCUCGGCUGCACCAACAUGAACGAGGCGUACAAGGCCAUCCGUGAAGCGGCCUCCAAGCGCUGCCCACUCUCGAAACUCACACUUAAGGCUGGCCCGGACGAGCGACUGACAGCCCAGUUCGAACAGGACCAGGCAUUGGUGAGCAUGGAUCUCGUCAUCCCCAACUUGACAGCCUACAGUCACCUCCUCAAGGCCGCAGACUGUAUCUCGACCCUGCAUAUCAGUUCGCAGACCAACAGCUACGGCGACUGCGCCCCCAUCGUCGAUGUCAUCAACAGGAACCGCAACCUGACGGAGCUCAAGAUCGCAUGCUAUGUCUCGGAGUUUGGAUUGGUGUACGAGGCCAUCCGAGCCAGUGUCGUGGCCAACCGUUCGAGUCGAUUGAAGAAGGUGUGUAUCUAUCGCGCAGAGAACCAGCUCACGACCACAGACAUCCGUACACCCCAUCUCCUCUCGCUCGAGCUGCUCCAAAUGAACAUCCACGACGGUGUCCUCGCACAGUUGUUAAGCACAUUCGGCUCCAAGCUGACGAAACUCAGGAUCGACACCGAUAGAUGGAGGCCCAUCCAUUCAGCUAUACUUCGCGAGGCAUUCAUGUCUUCGACGACUGGGUCUCGCCUGACUCACUUGUACCAAACGAUCGCCGGCGUUGACGAGGGCAUCCUGCGCGAGCUGAGCAUGGUCAUCAACCGGUCCAACCUGGCAGAGUACCAUAUGGUUAUCGAUCAGGCCUUCAAGAUCGAUCCAGAGCGAGCCAUGUACUGGGUCGACUAUAUUACCUGCAUUGGCGAGAAGUUGUCCUCGCUCGUCGUGGCCUGUCCAGAGCCGAAUGAGUGGGUCGCGGCCUUGGGCAAUGCAGAUUUCCCAGCCAUGGAGCGCAUUUCGUUCCACCAUCCGGGACAGAGGAUCCAACGGGGCGGCCUGGAGUAUAUGACGCAGGAACACCACCAACAGCAGCAAUAUUCGAAAUCAGAGGUCGACGCGAACUAUAUGCGCAGGACCGUAAGUGCUCCAGAGAUACAUGGAUAUCCAACGAGAGAUAGCGCAAUUACAGCGAAUUAGUCUGCAUUUCUUUUUUAAUGACCAACAAUAAUGAGCAGCGAGGACUACCACUGGCCUCGUGAAGAAGACACGACACAAUUAUCAUGAUGAACAGUAAAUAAAAAAAAAAGAAACACGUUUAU